UUUUAGCCGCAAUCAGCCCAACAACUGCACAACGUGAACAUAACAGAGUGAAUCCUAAGUGUCGCCAUGUCAUUACCCAACCUUCAGGGAAGCUAACCUUCAAAGGCAUGCCCAGAAGCCGGUGUUCCUGGACAAUCGAGGCAGAUCCAUCUCAUAGAAUUGUUCUGGUAGUUCCCCGGCUCAGAAUGAAGUGUUCUCAAGGUGAAGUGACGCUGCUUGAUGGACCCUUUUAUUAUUCGCGUUCUUGUCAUGACGGGAAUUUAACCCAUGUAUCUUCUUCCAACCACUUGACCUUGGUGUAUGACACGGGUGGUGAGGCUAAACCAGCUUCGUUCGAAGGCUGUUACCAUACUUAUUCAGCUGAUAUUCUGGUCCCCACAGAGGAACCCCUGACUGCACCAGCAUAUUCGACCGGAGCCCUUGGGUGUGGAGGCCUGCUCACAAAGCCUUCUGGGAAGAUAACCACCUCUAAUGCGUUCAACCAUGAAUGCAUGUGGACCAUCCGGUUGGCCCCACCUCUGAAAAUCUUGAUGACUUUUCCUGAGCUCCGACUCAACUGUGAGACUGAAACUUUGCUCAUCUUUAACUCCAAUAUGUUUGGGUACAUUUGUGAACUAGACUCUACCACCUUCAGAAUUCCUUCCAACUCCGUGAACAUAUUGUACAAUGGCUCGCGGAACUUCUUCACUACGCUCUUUGAAGCAUCUUACCAUGGUAUUUUAGAAGAUCACUCCAAAUUCUCUCUGCCUUCCUGUCCUGUCACUGGAUCAAGGACCCUGAAGCGUCGUCCAGCAUAGAAUCUCGCAGAGAGCAGGGACUUGGGGUGCUGACUCCAGAGAUCCCCAGUGCGCUUUUGUGAGCCCAGCUGAAACCCCCAGUGGUUUGA